AUGACAGAAACUAAUACAACUGGCCCAAUCUUCGUAGAUGUUGAGCAAGGGCAAUAUUCAAUGCAGUCUGGUAAUUUUCGGGUGUACUCACAUUUACCCAAACAGCAUCCAGCGAAAAAACUUAAACAUGAUAGGUCGGAAACGAAAGCGGCAACACCAAACAUGCAGAUUGUCAGUGUCUCAUCGAUUGAAUAUCAAUUUCCUGUAACGGAAAACUCAAAAACAGGCUACAUAGUGGAAACAAAUGAAAACGCAUGCAUACAAGGUAUUCAAGAGAAUGUCACAGAGAGUCAAACUCACUAUAUGAAUACUGUUGAAUUGGACGAGCAAUUGAUAGAUAAGGAACAGUCGAAUAAUAUGCAAAGUACGCAAGAAGUUUAUAAUGAUGGUGAUGGCUCACAGAUCAAUGUCCCAGAGCUCGUAGAAAAAAAGUCAAUAUUUAGUUGCACAGAACAAAUUGACGGCACUCCUUGCUCGUACAACACCACAAUGGAAGACCGUUUGAUAAGACACAUACGUAAAGUGCAUAGGGGUGAGAACCCGUUUCAAUGCACGAUGUGCUCUUACUCGACGUAUAACAAACCUUUAUUCGAGGAGCACGUCAGAAUACAUCAAGGCUUUAAACCGUUCAAAUGUCGCUUCUGUCCGUACCGGUCGGCGUCAAAGAAGAACGCAAAGAAACAUGAAGCAAUACACAGACCCGACAACCCUUUGAAAUGUAAACAGUGCGAUUUCAUAGCGAAGCAUGAGCGUUCACUGCAAUCACACUCGCAAACGCACUCUGGUCAUUUGAAAUGUCCCAAAUGUGAUUUCAAAGCGAAGGAUUCAGCUUCUUUAAGUGGACAUAAACAGCAGGCCCACAAAAAAUACGCAUGUGACAUGUGCGAAGCUAGAUUUGUCGAAUUGAAUGCACUUAGUCUUCAUAAAAAGAAGAGAAGAGUUUGUAAGGAAUGUGAUACUGUAAUAUGUAGGAAGCAAAACUACAGAAUUCAUAUGAUGGCAGUACAUAAGCAAGCCAAUGGUGGUGACCAGUUGUUUGUAUGUAACAUAUGUCAUUGGUCAUCUACAGUCAAAAGUCGUAUAUUGUUACAUUUAAUACAUCACCCCAAUCAAAAGGUGGACGAGAAUUUAGUAGAUAUCAGUAUAUUAAAGACUUAUGGUAUCAUGAAGUGA